AGAUCAGCCGGCGCUGCCUUGCUUGCCUGCUUUUUCUUUCCUUCCUCCUUUUUCCUUGCCGCUCCACUUCCAACCCGGCUGAUUUUUCCAGGCGUUUAAAGGGAAAGCGCACCGCGCUCCAUCCCCCAGCCGAGAACCGAAUUAGCGGCAAGCACACGGACCGCGAUUCCGCCACCGCCGCCGCCCGGUUCUCCAACGCGCGCCCAGGCGCCGCCCCUUGAGCGGCUCUUUCUCCUCCCAGGAAGCCGCCGUGACGGCGAGGCUCUUCUCUCCGGAGCAAGUGGACGAGGUGACGCUCCGCGCCUUCUCCGAAAGCCGCCGGUGCUGAGCCUAACCAGCCCGGGGAAGAGAAGGAGAGAACCGGGCAUGCCUCCACCGAGGCACUCGCGUCCCUGAGGGAAAUCCGCCGCCGACGCAACUCGCGCCUCCUUUUCUGACACCGCGGAGCCGGGCAGGGGCGCACGAGAUCUGGGCAUCGCGCCUCAGGCGACUCAGGUCCCCCCCCCUUCUCCUUCUUCUGGGCGCCCGUUUGGAGAGGUCACUGUUGCGCUCGCCGGCUUUCCCCUUGGCCCUUUCCUGGGGAAGGUGGAAGGGAGAGUGAGGGGGGGUCUCCCCUCCGUCUGUCUCAGCGCAUGAGAAGCGAAGCGCCCUGAGGACGCCUUCCCCCCCGCCCGUCCUUCCCCCCACCGGUACGAGAGACGGACAGCUUGGCGAGGCUGCCCGGCGGGCGACGGCGUCGGUAACCUUGGUCUUGCGCUCCUGCCAUCUCCACGGGCGCGGAGGUAGCCCCCCUCAGAAACAUGGCGAGUGAUUCUCCGGCUCGGAGCUUGGACGAGAUAGAUCUGUCCGCCUUGAGGGAUCCUGCAGGCAUCUUUGAACUGGUUGAACUGGUUGGCAAUGGGACUUACGGGCAAGUCUAUAAGGGCCGUCAUGUUAAAACCGGACAACUUGCAGCUAUUAAAGUCAUGGAUGUCACUGGGGAUGAAGAAGAAGAGAUUAAACAAGAAAUUAACAUGCUAAAGAAAUACUCCCAUCACCGAAAUAUCGCUACUUAUUAUGGUGCUUUCAUUAAAAAGAACCCACCAGGAAUGGAUGAUCAGCUCUGGCUGGUGAUGGAGUUCUGUGGUGCUGGAUCUGUUACUGAUCUGAUCAAGAACACAAAAGGGAACACUUUGAAGGAGGAGUGGAUUGCCUAUAUCUGCAGGGAGAUUUUACGGGGCUUGAGUCAUCUCCAUCAACACAAAGUAAUCCAUCGAGAUAUUAAAGGCCAAAAUGUUUUGCUAACUGAAAAUGCAGAAGUAAAACUAGUGGAUUUUGGAGUCAGCGCUCAACUAGACAGAACAGUUGGACGAAGAAAUACAUUUAUUGGAACACCAUACUGGAUGGCACCUGAGGUCAUCGCCUGCGAUGAAAACCCAGAUGCAACUUACGAUUUCAAGAGUGAUUUGUGGUCUUUAGGGAUAACAGCCAUCGAAAUGGCAGAAGGAGCUCCCCCCCUUUGUGAUAUGCAUCCUAUGAGAGCCUUGUUUCUCAUUCCCCGAAACCCAGCCCCCAGGCUGAAAUCAAAGAAGUGGUCCAAAAAAUUCCAGUCCUUCAUUGAAAGCUGUCUGGUGAAAAACCAUGGCCAGAGGCCAAGCACUGAACAGCUGAUGAAGCACCCAUUUAUUCGAGAUCAGCCAAAUGAAAGGCAAGUUCGCAUCCAGCUCAAAGACCACAUUGACAGGACUAAGAAAAAACGAGGCGAGAAAGAUGAGACAGAAUAUGAGUACAGUGGAAGUGAAGAGGAAGAGGAAGAAAAUGACUCCGGAGAACCCAGCUCCAUCCUAAACCUGCCUGGAGAAUCGACCUUAAGGCGGGAUUUUUUGCGACUUCAGCUUGCAAACAAGGAACGCUCAGAGGCCCUCCGUCGGCAGCAGCUGGAACAGCAGCAGCGUGAAAAUGAAGAGCACAAGAGGCAGCUCUUGGCAGAACGUCAGAAGAGGAUCGAGGAGCAGAAAGAGCAGAGGCGGAGGCUGGAAGAGGGCAUGUUGGCUUCUAUUAGAGAAGUAGCACUGUUGCCUGUCAUUACAAUUUCCAUGCCAAGUCCUCAGGAAGAUCCAAAGAAAAGACCCAUUUUGAUAAACUCUGAAACUAGGCGUGGUUUGCCAGACCAAAGGAACAACAACAACAACAUGAAGUACUUCCGUGGCUCUCGAUCACAAGGGUGUAGCCCUGAUAGGAUGCAACCGCUGGAGAUCAAGUCAGUGUCUUCUCCUCAUCUGCCAGAAAGAGAUAAGCCACCAUUACCUCCUUAUAAAAUCAAAAUGAACUUCCAAGAGCACAGUGGAGACAAAAGAAGGAAAAACCAGCCUUCACAUUUAUACCCAGGUGUUGUUUCUCCUUCGAGGAGUGCUCCAUCUUUAAACAACAUCUUGAAAAUGCAUGAUCAUCUAGAUUUGAGUGCUUCUAGCCCAGCCUGCAUCUUGAGGUAUCACAAGAUACAAAAUGACCAUAAGAAGCACCAUGUAUCUAUGGAGAGUGUCUUUGAACAUCAUCACAUGUCUGCUGGGAACCAUCAUUCACAGAUGCCAAGGAAAAUGAGAGGAAAGAAUUCAGAGCAACUUCUUGUUCCUUUUCUGGAUCUUUCUCCACAAAUUUCUCAGUGGAAUGUAUACAGAAUGGAACCCUUAUCUUCCUCCUCUCGCUCAGUAUCUUUAAAUGUCCUUUCAUGUUCUUCUAACUCUGAAGGCUCCCAUGGCAAUUCCUCUGACUUGAGAAAAUGGCUCUACAGGUUUUUAGAGGUAUUACGGACAAGGCCUUCAGACAACUUGAAUUCACAGCUCUUUUUUCUCCUCUUGUUUCAGGUUGAAGAACGUUCCAGACUUAACCGGCAAAGUUCCCCAGCCAUGCCUCACAAGGUGGCAAACAGAAUUUCUGACCCAAACCUUCCGCCUCGAUCAGAAUCCUUUAGUAUUAGCGGGGUGCAGCCUGCUCGGACACCACCCAUGUUGCGAUCAGUGGAUCCACAGAUUCCACAUCUGGUCAGUGUGAAAUCCCAGGGACCUUCCUUGCCUGCCUCUCACUCACUGCAUGAACAACCCACAAAGGGAAUGGCUGGGUUUCAGGAAGCUCUAACGGUGACCUCUCACCGCACUGAGAUGCCAAGGCAGAACUCGGACCCCACUUCUGAAAAGCCUCCUCUCCCCCCUCGUGUUGAAAAGUUUGAUCGAAGUUCUUGGUUACGACAGGAAGAAGACAUUCCACCAAAGGUGCCUCAACGAACUACUUCCAUCUCACCUGCAUUAGCUCGGAAGAACUCACCUGGGAAUGGGAAUGCUCUUGGACCUCGACUCGGAUCACAGCCCAUAAGAGCAAGUAACCCAGACCUGCGGAGAACAGAGCCCAUAAUAGAAAAUCUGAUACAGAGGACAAGCAGUGGCAGUUCUUCCAGCUCCAGCACCCCCAGUUCACAGCCCAGUUCACAGGGUGGCUCCCAGCCUGGAUCCCAAGCUGGUUCCAGUGAGCGGAACCGAGCCAGAGGAAAUGCCAAGCUUGAAGGAUCGCCCAUACUCCCACAUGAACCAGCCAAGGUAAAGCAGGAAGAAAGCAAGGAGAUGACCCGGCCAAGUCGACCUGCUGAUCUGACUGCUUUAGCAAAAGAACUGCGGGAGCUGCGGAUUGAGGAAACCAACCGGCCUUUAAAGAAAGUUACCGAUUAUUCCUCUUCCAGUGAGGAGUCCGAAAGCAGUGAAGAGGAGGAAGAGGACGGAGAAAGUGAAACCCAAGACGGCACUGUGCCUGUCAGCGACAUCCCACGGCUUAUACCAACGGGAAUGCCAGCCAACAAUGAGUCCUACAAUCUAGGAAUGGUAUCGAGCCAUGGUGGUCUGGAGCCUCCCCACCCUGACAAAUUUAGCAGUAUUUCAAGAGAAGGGACUUUAAUGAUAAGGGAGACUUCUGGUGACCACAAGCGCUCAGGCCACCCAGCCAGCAAUGGCUUUGCUGGCCAUGUCAACCUUCCCGAUCUAGUGCAACAAAGCCACUCACCUGCGGGCACGCCGACUGAGGGCUUGGGGCGAGUCUCCACCCAUGGGCAAGAGAUGGAGCCAGUGGCUGAAUACGGCAUGGGGAGCAGUACAAAAGCUUCUUUCGCCCCAUUUGUGGACACCAGAGUGUAUCAGACCUCUCCGACUGAUGAAGAUGAAGAUGAUGAUGAAGAAUCCUCUGCUACAGCAUUAUUUACCAGUGAGCUGCUGAGGCAAGAACAGGCCAAGCUUAAUGAAGCAAGAAAAAUUUCUGUAGUAAAUGUGAAUCCCACCAACAUCCGUCCUCAUAGUGACACCCCAGAGAUCCGAAAGUACAAGAAACGCUUCAAUUCAGAAAUCCUCUGUGCUGCUUUAUGGGGUGUAAACUUGCUGGUGGGAACCGAGAAUGGGCUUAUGCUGUUGGAUCGGAGCGGACAAGGAAAAGUGUACAAUCUGAUCAAUAGGAGACGAUUCCAACAAAUGGACGUGUUAGAAGGCCUCAACGUCCUAGUAACUAUCUCAGGAAAGAAGAAUAAGCUUCGAGUUUACUACCUUUCAUGGUUAAGAAAUAGAAUAUUGCACAAUGAUCCAGAGGUAGAAAAGAAACAAGGCUGGAUCACUGUAGGUGAUUUGGAAGGGUGCAUCCAUUAUAAAGUUGUGAAAUAUGAGAGAAUCAAGUUCUUGGUGAUUGCCUUAAAGAAUGCUGUAGAGAUAUAUGCUUGGGCUCCUAAACCUUAUCACAAGUUUAUGGCAUUUAAGUCUUUUGCAGAUCUUCAGCACAAACCAUUGCUUGUUGACCUCACAGUAGAAGAAGGACAAAGGUUGAAAGUCAUCUUUGGGUCACAUACUGGUUUUCAUGUUAUUGAUGUAGAUUCAGGCAAUUCUUACGACAUCUACAUACCAUGUCAUAUUCAGGGCAAUAUUACACCUCAUGCCAUUGUCAUCUUACCCAAGACGGAUGGAAUGGAAAUGCUUGUGUGCUAUGAGGACGAAGGGGUAUACGUUAAUACCUAUGGACGCAUAACAAAAGAUGUGGUGCUUCAGUGGGGAGAAAUGCCCACUUCAGUGGCCUAUAUUCACUCCAAUCAAAUAAUGGGCUGGGGUGAGAAAGCUAUUGAGAUACGAUCAGUGGAGACAGGCCAUUUGGAUGGAGUAUUUAUGCACAAGCGUGCCCAGCGGUUAAAAUUUCUAUGUGAAAGAAAUGAUAAGGUAUUUUUUGCAUCGGUAAGAUCAGGAGGAAGUAGCCAAGUAUUUUUCAUGACCCUGAACAGAAAUUCCAUGAUGAACUGGUAACGAAAGGGCACUUGGUGCUUAUUUUGAUGCUAAGAUCUAUUAAAUUUUGAAGGACAUCUGAAUUUGCAGAGUUACAUUGUCAAAGCAAGCAAAGAAGAAGAUAUUGUGGAUCCUGUAGCUUUCUUCGGGACCACCGUCUGCUCAUGCAGCCACAUUCUGAGAACACGAACACAGUUUUCCCAUAAGGAUUUCAGAAUGCAGGCUUCUUCAAGAUCCCAAGAAUGCAACACUGUUUGAGCAGGGAAGGACCAACGCUGAAGAGGUUUAGCUGAAUAAAUCUCUCUAAGGUGUUCAAACUAAGCUGUGAUAAUAGAAUCGGCUCUAGGGUUUUUAAAAAUAAUUAUUAUUAUUUUUCCUUGAUCCUGAGUUUGUAAGAAUAGAGACUGGUCUUAAAGUUAAAACAGAAUAUCUGUUUUAAUAAUGUCUGCCUGUUAGCACCGAUUAUAUAGUAUGAUGUAAGGCAGAUCCCCCUGACCUGGUGUCUUUUAGGUGUGGUGGACUGGAGCUCCCAUGAUCAUGGCUAGUGAGCCAAAUGGGGUAUGUUGGUUUGGAAUGAUGGGAGUUGUAAUUAAACACAUCUGUGGAAGUUAGGCUGAGAACUGCUGUUAUAAAGUUAUCACUUAAAACUGAUGCAAGAGAGCACAAUAAAUGUACCAUUUUUAAUCUUUGUGUGAGAGGCCCUAACCAUAGAGUGGCCAUAUUUUGUAAACUCUUUUUUCUUUUAUGGACAUUUGUGUGGGGAUUAUUUUGUUGUGGUUGUUUUUAUUUUGUUUUGGUUUUUUUUGAAAACAGGUCAAGAUAUUUCAGAUAAGAGUAUAAAUGAGAUUUUGUCCCAUUCCUUUGGGAAAUUUAAGUGGCUAGACUCCUAGCUUUGGAGAAUAUAAUAUGAGCAUGAUAGAGUUAACUUUUUGUCAAUCUUUCAGUUCAUACUACUUCUUCCCCAGCCUGGCCAUCUCCAGAUGGGAUGAGAUGCCACCUCCCCAGAUUCUCAGCCAGCAAGGUCAUAAGCCAAAUAUGUCUGGCUGAUCAAUGCUCUUCUUUAUAGAUCUUUGCAUAAUGGUGCUCAUUGAUUAAAAAAAAACAAAAAAAACAGCAGUGCCAUUCUUGUUAGUCAUUCCCACUGGUUGCCUUUCUCCAAGCUGUAACGAAACGGUAUCUCUAAAUGGGAAGCUAAUUGAAAUAUUGUAAGAUUCCAAAGAUUGGCUAAAGAAUGCCCCUAGUAGCUUGAUACAUAAGGCAUCUUAACUCGGAUGUGUUUGAAUCCAAAUCAUACCUAUUCUGUACAGUUGUGCUUUACUUCGGGGGAUUAGGGGGCAUGAUCCUUGUAGAUACUGGUACGUUUUAUUUCUUCCACUAAAAAUUACAAAGAGACGACAUCAUUCCGAUAUUCCCAAGUUGGAAGUCCCAAAUACAGAUCAGUAUUUUUUAAUCUAAUGGUGUUCUAUUCUCAAUAUGGAAAAUCUUAAUAAAAUAUUCAUCUCUCGGUACAAAGAAGUGCAGGAGAAGGAGAGCAGAUUAAAGGAAGGUUUCAUUGGUCAGUUACCUGACAUUUAGAUUUCAUCUUUCUGCCCUUCGCCCAUGUACCCAUCUGUAUAAUGACCAACAAAUGUGCAGAAGUAUGUAUGUUUUUAGUUUGAAUUUAUCUCUGUCUUUAUAUGCUUUGUUCAAAUUAUUUGUAUUUUUAAAUUCAUUAUUUCCACUGCCUCCAAGCCUGAAUUCUCCCCCUGAUCUCUGGAUAUAACAUAAUUGGAUCUGUUUUGCUAUUUUUAACCUACCUCAUUUUAUUUCUUAUUUCUGUUUUUCUUUUCCUUAUUAGCUCCCAUAGAUACUCGGAGAGUUUUAACUGGCCAGUCCAAGAAAUAGCUGAGUAUUCUGCAGAGGCCAGGUUUUUGAGAAGUGGAAAAUUAACAUCAAACUCUCUGUUUCCAUUUCCCUCCCGCCCCUUUCAACCAUUUCAUAACUUCAGAAUUUUGAUCGUAUAUGCCAGUCGAUGCUACUGUAGUCACAAUGCAUUGGUCCAUGAGAGCAGUUGGCAAAGUCAACUGUCAAGAGAGGCUACCCCAAAUUACUGGAAGCCAGGAGCUCAGAACAUAUUGCUAUCAUUGUGCAUACAUGAAGUUAUGAGUUACAAGCUCAGUUAGUCUAUGUUACACUUGAAAGUCAUCAGAAGUCACUGACUUCUUGUAAAUAGGCUUUCUGGAUAGACAUAUGCAGCUGGAUGGGAGAAAUAAUUGAUAUCCUUCUUAAUGAUACAUUCCAUCAGAAAUAGACUCAUGUUUGUCAUCCCCAUUCAACUCUAUCUCACUACCUGGCCUAGAGAGAUGAUGGUGAUAGCAGUGCUGGUGAUAUGUACAACCAGAUGAACCUUUCAGGUUAAGCAUGCUUUGUCAUUAGUAUUCAACAUAAUUGGUGCUUCCAAACUUUCUGAAAAAGUCUUGCUGGGCACCUUUAACACUUCAUACUGUUUGGUGGCUUUUCUGUAAUAAAACAUGGCGGGAGGAGUUGGUGAUCUUCUGUGACAGAAGAUCUAUGUCAGAGGAUCUUGUUUCUCUCCCCUUUUAAAAAGGGGCUAAUAUACAGAGUCAGACUCCCAACAUUUGACACAUGAUCUCCAAGAUGAACAUUCAAACCCACUCUGCAUGUAUUCUGAGCUUCAAAAUUGCACUCAGUCCAUUUUUGGCUGAGCUCACAAAAGGGUUUAAUUAGGAUUCUUUCAUUAUGUUAUUUAGUUAGGGUUUUGCAAGCCUGACGUUAAUCCAACUUCUACAGAUCAAAUGAUUAAUUUAUAGUCAAUCAUUACAACCAGAAAAUUCCGUAACUUGAUCUAUAAAGGAGAGACAGCUUGGGCUAGAAACCAGGAGACCAUGAGUUCUAGUCCUGCCUUAGUACAAAGCAACCUGGGUCACCUUAGGCCAGUCACAUGGUUGCAGCCCUUGUAAGGAGGCAAUGGCAAACCACUUGUAAAAUCUUGCCAAGAAAACUACAGGGACUUACUGAGGCGGUCACCAGGAGACUGGCUCAAAAUUAGAUUUCUUGACAUUACUUGCUAAUGUCUUCUAUAGCCUUGGACUUUCCUGGCUUCCAUCUACAUACAAAAUCUGUACUGAUUUUUGUGGUCAGCCAAGGUCAGCCAAUGAAAUAUGCAAGUAAUUUUAACAAUAGAUGUUUAUCUCUACGUACUGCUACCGAGCCUCAAAUGCUCUCCACUACUUGGCCUCUUUGCUUUUGCCUCAAAAAAUGAUUUAAUGGAAUCAUAUAUACUUUUAAAAAAAUGAAGUUCUGCACUUGAAGGAGAAUAUGGAAAAUAAUAAAAUUAGAUGCUGGAGAGAGACCUAUCAGAACUUGCCUCAAAGAUAGAAAAUAAAUACAAUCAAGCAAAUAUGUGGCAGUAUGUCUGAAUCUAUGGACCAUUUUCUUCCAAUGGAAGAUACAAGCAAGGCAUCUCUGUUAAUAUAAAGAUUUGCCCACCCUUUGCCUUCCAUUGUCAUUGACCUAAUUUUUUAAUAUAGAGCUUAAAAUCGGUGCUGAAAAAGGGAGGACUCACCACAUACCAACCACCAGCACUUUUUUAACUUCAGUGCUUUUUGUGUUGGCACCCAAUGGAACUCUACUGAAAACAUAAGAUAGAGGUUUCCAUAUGUUUGCUCAGCAUCGUGCCAAUUAAUAAAUGGCAUUCCACACAAGGUAUUUGUGAUACUCCAGAACCAUCUCUGGACCUAUCCAAUUUCAUGACCUCAGGUAUCUUAAGAACCAAGUUGAUGUUUUGCUGGUUCAGCUGCAAUAUGUCCACAUUGCAUCAAAAACUGUUCUUUUCAUUGGUGUUCCAGUAUUGGGGAUAACCUUGGAUUAAUUUUAUGUCCCACCUUCUUCCUUUCCUAGCCCCCAGAUGUUCAGCAGGAAUACCAUUCUCUGUGUUUUAAGGUUAAUGACGUGAACAUGAUUAUGAGUCAGCUUCAAAACUCUUUUGAGGGGGGGCAUGGGACUAGAGAGCUGAAACAACAGGCAAGCAGCAAUGCUAUUAGUACUGUAAUAAUGAACAAUUGUUAGAAUAAAGAGUCACCAACAUUUAGGAACAUUGUCACUUAAGCAAAAGAAGUUAUUGAAAACUUUAGCAGCAUUUUGCAUCUGACUAGGCAAGUACAAUAAAUCACCCUUGCACCAACCUGGUGUCCUCCAAUUGUCAUUCCAAAAAUUGCUGGUUUCAGUUCAAUGAUGUAUGAGAAUUCUGGGACCAACCCAUUUGGGGGGUACCUGAUUGAGGAAGACUUAAUCCGUAUUUACCAUUUGUCAUUCUUAGUAGCUGAAAUAGAAUGUUUCACAAAGUGAUCUGAGCUAUGUAGUGUUCAUUGCCAAAUUGAGCAAUCCAAGCUAGACAGCUUGAGGCCUAAGGUCCAUUUUUGCAAAACUUACCCACACAUCCAUAUAACCUUAUCAGAAUAUUCUUAAAGGCAUACCCAUCUCUUCCCCACCCCCCAUGUUAUUAUACCAUUAUUCUUCCAAAGUAUGCGAAACAUAGACCAAAAUCACUUGGCUGGAUCAUUUUCAAAUAACAAGAUUCUCAGUUGGAGUCCCCUAUUCACACAUCCCAUCCCCCAGUGCUCCUUGUGCUUCUUCCUUGCUGCUAAAAUUAGAAGGUCCUCCAAAGAAAACAACUUUAUAUUCCAUACAUCAAAUUGAGCAAUAACAUUUCCAACUCAGUUAAGUCUACAAGUGUAACUUCUGGGGACUGGUUUGAGUAAGAGCAAGUUUCAUAACAACUACCACCAGCUCUUUUAUGUCUUUGGUGUGGUUACCUUUUAAACCAGAAGCUUCUUAUUAAAUUAUGUUGAAA